AUGACCAAUAUUGCUCUUCCGGUUGUCCUUGGUCUGAUGAUGGUGAAUGCGACGACGGUGGAGUUAUGUCCGCGUACAAUAUAUGUAACUAUGGCUCAGACUGUUCAGAUUGUGGAAUUAGACCUCAUCCACAAUGCAAUAACGAUUGCAAAUGGAAUGCCGAUGGUAUGUGUGACGAUGGGGGCCCUAACUCUAUAUUCAAUGUAUGUGAUUAUGGUACCGACUGCAACGACUGUGGAGUUAGAUCUGAUGCAAUCUGUGACACACUGUGUAACUACAAUGAUGAUGGUGAAUGUGAUGAUGGUGGUCCAAAUUCAGAUUGGAAUGUAUGUCCAUUUGGAUCUGACUGUAUGGAUUGUGGAAUUAGAGUUGGGACGACAAAACGAUCUCUGAAGAAAGAAGUACCACCGAAAAAGACAAGUGAUUGGAAAAAGAAAAAAACUACUUCUUCAGAGCACUGA